UUACGUUAACAAACGUGUCAAUAAGAUUUACAAAACACAGACCCAACUCCCACAAUCCACGAUUUCAAUAAACGACAAACGAGCGAUGGCCACGCACACAUGCCGGUUUAACUCAUGGUGAUGAAUCCGCCUGUCAUACUCAAACCAAAGUAUACCUUCGCCAAUAAUAGUGUCGUUAUUCUAUUUAACUAGUUAUAGUUAGUUAAGUUGGUUUAAAAAAUAACUUAAAAAUGACGGCAAACACUCACAACAAUACAAAAUUAAUAAUAUGCGCGCUCGGGAUAUUUGUUUGUUAUUUUUACUUUGCGAUGCUGCAAGAAAAAAUAACACGUGGUGUUUAUGGGGAUGAUAAUAAAAAUGAAAAAUUUACGUACAUGUUUGCAUUGGUAUUUUUUCAAUGUAUUGUUAACUAUUUAUUUGCUAAAGUACUAUUACUGACAGUAAUGAAAGAAAAUGAUGACAGUACAAAAACAAUUUAUUACGCUACCUCAGCUUUGACAUAUUUAUUAGGAAUGGUAUCAAGUAAUAUGGCAUUAAGAUUUGUCAGCUAUCCUACACAGGUUGUUGGUAAAGCUGGCAAACCGAUACCUGUUAUGCUAUUAGGAGUAUUAUUAGGAAAAAAGACGUAUUCAAUGAAAAAAUAUUUAUUUACAUUCAUGAUCGUCGCUGGAGUUGUACUAUUUAUGUUCAAAGACGGCAAAGCAUCAGCAGCAAAACAAGCUGAGCAGACUGGGUUUGGUGAAAUACUCAUUAUCUUAUCAUUAACGAUGGACGGUCUAACGAGCGCAGUACAAGAACGUAUGCGAGCUGAACAUAAAUCAUCCUCUGGACACAUGAUGCUGAACAUGAAUUUCUGGUCUAUGGUAUUCAGUGGGCUCGUUAUUGCGAUAAGUGGAGAAUUAUUUGAAUUUGUUAAAUUUAUUCAACGGCAUCCAAACUCUCUUGUACAUAUUAUGUCAUUUUCAAUUGCUGGUGCAUUAGGACAGUUCUUUAUCUUCCGUACAGUAUCGGAAUUUGGUCCGUUGCCAUGUUCGAUUAUUACGACAACAAGGAAAUUUUUUACCGUUCUAGGUUCUGUGUUGCUAUUUGGUAAUAGUUUGUUACCUAGACAAUGGCUGGGAACAUUCAUUGUCUUUUCCGGUUUAUUUUUAGAUGCCGUUUAUGGGAGAAAUAAGAAUAUUAAAAAAGAUAUUAGUAAAUAAAUUUUGUAAUUAGCUAAUUUUUAUUUUUAAAUAUUUUAUUAAUUUGAUAAUUUAAAAAUUUAUGAGAAUUUACUUAUUUAUGGUCAUAAAAAAUGGUCGUCAUUUUUUAUUUUCAAGACACACUUGAAAUAGUGCCUGUAUUUUAUGAUACUGAAGUUAACCGAAGUC